AUGUUUCUAGUCGCAGUCUUAGUGUGUGCCGUAGGGGUGAAUUCAGCCCCAUUGGAAGACGAGUUGAGGGGUGUAGAUCUGUCGCACUUAGGCGAGAGGAUAUUCAAAAAGCCGACAAACGAAACCGGCAAAAGACUGGAACAAUGGGACCCGGAAUCGGAGGCGAAUCCGGAGGAGCUUGGCGAGUACGCCGAGGGUGAUAUUUUGUUCCCCAGCGAGACGAGGAACGGUUUGAUCGCGAGCACUUUUCGUUGGAAAAACGGCGUCAUUCCCUAUGAAAUUAACGGCAGAUUCACCCAGGAGCAGAUCGACAUGAUCCACAGGGCGAUGGGGAUCUAUCACAAGUACACAUGUGUCAGGUUUAGACCGAGACAGGCGGGCGACAACGAUUACAUAUCGAUAGUGAAUGCCAACACAGGUUGCUGGAGCAGCGUGGGCCGCAUCGGAGGCCGUCAGGAGAUCAAUCUGCAAAGUCCCGCUUGUUUGACACGCGUUGGAACGCCUUUGCACGAGCUGAUGCACGCUGUUGGCUUCCUGCACGAGCAAAACAGAUACGAGAGGGACAACUACAUAUCAAUCGCCUGGCAAAACAUACAGCGGGGUCACGACAACAACUUCGACAAGGCUUCCAAGGAUCAGACGAAUGGUUUUGGUGUCAACUAUGACUUUAGGUCGGUGAUGCACUACUCCAAGACUGCGUUCAGUGUCAACGGACAGCCUACUAUUAUUCCCAAGGACCCAGCAAACGGUGAAAAAAUGGGGCAAAGGGAGGGUUUCAGCAAAGGAGACAUUACCAAAAUCAACAACAUGUACGGAUGUCCGGAACGGACGCCAGGAUCAAAAGAACCCUCUGGUCCAAGUCAAAGUCAACAAGGAAAUGGUGGAAAUUUGGCCAGCAAUAUUUUAGGAGGGUUGUUAAGCAUUUUUACUGGACGAGAGGAAGAAUAAAAUAAUUUUUGCUUCACUACCAAUUGUAACAGUAUUAUAGGAUUAAUUAUUUUGUUAUUAGUGUAUAUAUAUUUAAAUAAAUAAAUGAUUUUAUUUGUA